AUGGAGAAACGAAUAGCUAUCAUUGGAGCUGGAAUCAGUGGCCUUCUAGCCUGCAAGUAUGCAGUGCAGAAGGGCUUCAAUCCAACAGUGUUUGAAGCCCAAAGUUCCAUAGGAGGAGUUUGGACUCAAACCAUCGAAUCAACUAAGCUUCAGACCGCGAAAGAAGCUUUCCACUUCACCGAUUUCCCCUGGCCAUCGUCUGUAAAGGAGCAUUGUCCUCCCGGCUCUGAUGUCUUAAGGUAUAUCGAGUUAUAUGCUGAGCAUUUCGGGUUGCUGUCGUACAUAAAGUUCAACUCCAAAGUCAUUAGUAUAGACUAUGUUGGAGAUUCUGAUGAAGAAAUGCUGUCUUGGGAGGUUUGGAGUGGAAAUGGUAACCCUUUUGGCUCUAAAGGGAAAUGGAAACUAUUAGUGCAGCAACUUGGUGAUAACUCAUUAGCAAAGUAUGUUGUGGAGUUUGUGGUUUUGUGCUCAGGAAGAUUCAGUGGUCUGCCUAACAUCCCAGACUUCCCUUUAGGCCAAGGGCCAGAAGUUUUUGGUGGGAAAGUGAUUCACUCCAUGGAAUAUUCUGCAAUGGACAAUGCAAGUGCUGCAGAGCUGAUCAAAGGGAAGAGAAUUGCUGUCAUUGGAUCACAAAAGUCUGCGGUGGAUAUUGCAGCUGAAUGUGCAGAUGCAAAUGGUGCAAAAAAUCCUUGCAUCAUGAUUCAAAGGACUGUUGAUUGGAUGCUUCCAAGUGCCUUCUUUUGGGGGGUCAGUUUUGCUUUACUGUAUGGAAACCGAUUCUCAGAGCUUUUGGUUCAUAAGCCUGGUGAAACCAUCAUACACAGCAUCUUAGCCACCCUGCUCUCACCUCUGAGAUGGGGGAUAUCGAAAUUCGUUGAGAGUUAUCUGAGAUGGAAACUUCCCCUGAAAAAGUACAGAAUGAUACCAAAACACAGUUUUCUCCAGCAGGCUUCUUCUUGUAAGAUCUUUUUCCUGCCUCAGAAUUUCUAUGUCAAAGUUGAAGAAGGAAGCAUUGUUCUUAAGCAGUCCAAGGGGUUCUGUUUCUGUAAAGAAGGCCUCAUUCUUAACGGUGAAUCUCAUCCCUUGAAGGCAGAUAUUGUCAUUCUAGCCACAGGAUAUAAAGGCCAGGAAAAGCUCAGAAAUAUUUUCACCUCCCAAACCUUUCAAAACUACAUAAUGGGAUCUUCUACUUCUACACUUCCUCUAUACAGGCAAAUUAUACCCCCAAGAAUUCCACAACUGGCAAUAGUAGGAUUUGCAGAAAGUUUCUCAAAUCUGACAAGUUUAGAGAUUAGGUGUCAAUGGCUAGCACAUCUUCUUUGCUAUACAUUUAAAGUGCCGAGUAUAAAGGAAAUGGAGAAGGAUAUUUUGAUGUGGGAAAAAUAUAUGAAGGAAUAUGGUGGAGGAGAGUACAAAAGAUCAUGCAUUGGUGCUGUUCAUAUAUGGUAUUGUGAUCAACUGUGUAAAGAUAUUGGGUGUAAUCCAAGGAGGAAGGGAGGCUUUUUCUCUGAACUGUUUCUACCAUAUGGACCAGAUGACUAUGCGGGUCUUGCUCCUCGCAAAUAA